CUUUCACACGUUGGCGACCCUGCGUGUUUACGAAUGUAUUCGUUCCGUCUCUCUCUAAAGAUGACUGUUUAGAGUGAGUGAUUCAAUUCUAAAACGGUUCUCCUGGUUUUUGUUAUCUUUAUUAUCUCUUUUCUAUGAUUCGGAUUUUAUGAGUUGGUAUUAUGUUCUUGCUGUGUCUUCUCGGGUGCCUUGCACUCCCGGUUUAUGCACAAGGACCCCAAUAUGACAAUGCUGGGCGACCGUACAAUGCACAAAACUCAGUUUACGACCAAAAUGUACCUUACGCCCAACAGGGGCCACAAUAUCAGCAGCCCCCUCAAGGGCCCUUGUACAACCAGGACCCCCAGUACAAUCCGCAGCCAAAUAUUCCAAGAAUUUACAGUAAUGACGGCCUCAAUAACGAUAUUUUCUACGAUUUGAAGUGCCCAGAACACUGGGUUAGGUUGUAUCAGUCGUGCUAUAGGUUUAUUAGGUCGCCGUUAAGGCCCUAUGAGGAGGCAAGACGGAUAUGUGAAGCCUACUCUCCGGAAGAUGGCAGGUCAGAUCUAGUCUCAAUUGGUAGUACGGAAGAACAUGGCUUCUUGAUCAAUCAGUUGAACGCUUUGGACCCUCAACACAGGAGGUGGUAUAUAGGGACGUACCAACACUCAGCGAACUAUUGGACCAAUGUUGACGGUUCCCAAUUAGUGAAUAUGGAAAAUGCGUUUUUGCCGGUCGCGGAACCCUACGGAAAAGACCACCUCGCGUAUAACUUUUCUGUCGAGCUGAUGCAUUGGGGCUUCCAGCCCGUGAAAGGCGAUGAGCACCUCUUAUUUAUAUGCGAAGCUGAUAUUAGAAGUAUUCAACGACUAGUCGGAGACGACAGGACUUAUACCUAUGGUGUCGAAAUCACCAACCCCGAACAGAUCCCGAGGGGCCCCUAUUUCAUCAAACAACCAGUCGACGCCACGUUCGAUAGCUCGAAAAAAAUGCUAUAUAACGAUAUCAGUCUGAGUUGUUUAGCCGGUGGUUUCCCCACCCCGACAUACGAGUGGUUCCGCGAAGACUACGAAAUCGACAAACUCGUCGCCCGUCGAAUAGACCCCUUGAGUGACCCCCGCUACACAAUCAGUGGCGGGAUGUUGAUAAUCCACGAACCGGAGGAGAAACGUGACCAUGCGACAUACCACUGCAAGGCUUCUAACAAAUUCGGAACUAUCAUUUCCGAAAGCGUACAACUCAAUUUCGGUUUUAUCAAAGAAUUCGUCCUGAAACGCUCCCCCGAGUCGGGCGACAAAAACUGGGGGAAGGCCAUAUACUGCGAUCCCCCGAACCACUUCCCUUCGGUUCGCUACUCGUGGUCACGUGACUACUUCCCGAACUUUGUCGAGGAAGACCGGCGCGUUUUCGUAUCGUAUGACGGCGCCUUGUACUUUUCGGCGCUAGAAACUAUAGAUAAAGCCAACUACAGUUGUAGUGUCCAGUCGGAGUUUUCCGAUUCGGGCCGGAACGGCCCCUUUUUCCCACUGAUGGUCAACCCUCAUUCCCAUUACCAACAACUCAAGUUUCCGAAUAAUUUCCCCAAAGCUUUCCCCGACGCGCCCAUUGCGGGGAAGGAAGUACGUCUAGAGUGUAUGGCGUUUGGAUAUCCUGUCCCUAGCUACAACUGGACAAGACGCGGGGCACCUUUGCCACGAUCUGCCGUCUUGUCUAGUUUCAACAGGGUGUUGACAAUCCCUCAUGUGCAGGUGGAGGAUCAGGGAGAGUAUGUUUGCCGGGCUUAUAACGACAGAGCUAGCACCGAAAAUAGCCUUAUUUUAAAUAUACAAGCCGAACCUAACUUCACUAUUCCAUUGGCUGACAGACACGCCGAUAGUAAAAGCGAGUUAGUUUGGACUUGUGAGGCGUUCGGAAUCCCUGAUGUUAACUACACGUGGUGGAAAAACGGACGGCAGCUAGUCAUGGGUUAUAUGGAACCCGAAGAACGCGACCGAAUCCGAAUCCAAGACAACGUAUUGACGAUAAGGUACCUGGACCAAGAACGCGAUCCUGGAAUGUAUCAGUGCCGAGCGACAAACUCGCUCAAGACAAAAUACUCAUCCGCGCAGCUGCGCGUUUUAGCUUUCAGACCCACUUUUAAGAAACACCCCCUCGAAGCGGAAACUUACGCCGCUGAAGGGGGCAGUGUGACUAUAAAAUGUAACCCAGAGGCGGCCCCAAGGCCCGAGUUCGUGUGGAAGAAAGACGGGAAUGUUUUAGGUUCGGGGGGGCAUCGAAGAAUUUUAGAGAACGGUAAUUUGGUUAUCAGUUCGGUGUCCCGCGAUGACGAGGGGCAGUACACGUGCAGGGCAUCUAAUCAGUUCGGAGUGGACGAAUCGAAGGGACGCUUGAUCGUUUUACGGGGCCCGCGUUUGAUUGAAAGCUUGACUCCGAAAAUUGUGACGACGGUCGGCCGUUACUUCGACUUACGAUGUCUCGCCGAGACUGAGGAAAUGUUAGACAUUGCGUACGUUUGGAGCCAUAAUGGCAUUAAAAUCCGCGACAUCGACAUCAAAAACAUGAAUUAUCGUUUGCGAAUCGAUGGUGGGUUUCUUUCCGUGACAAAUGCCACGUUUACCGACGCUGGGGAAUACGAGUGUACUAUAAAAUCAACCGUUGGUAAAAUCUCAUCUCGGUCGGUGGUCGUGGUCGAGGGGCCUCCUGGUCCGCCAGGUGGCGUCACCGUGUCCAUUCAGAAGAGCUCGUUCACGCUGCAAUGGACCGAUGGUGCCACUCACGGCUCCCAAAUCCGGGGUUACACCGUCAGUGGUCGCACGAACUGGAACCAGACCUGGGUCAACAUUAGUUACAUUGUUGAUGUGCGGGAGAUUGACAGAUACACCGGCCAGAAGGAGAGUCUGAUUGACACUGCCUUGACUCCUUGGUCCACUUACGAGUUUCGCAUAGCCGCUUGGAACUCCUGGGGGAUGGGGCCCCCGUCAGCCCCCAGCCCCCGGCAUUCGACGCCGCCGGACCGUCCCUACAUCGCCCCAUAUAACAUUGGCGGUGGAGGCGGCAAGAUUGGCGAUUUGACCAUCACGUGGUCGCCACUCAAGCCAGACGAGCAGAACGGUCCUGGCAUUUACUACAGGAUAUUCUGGAAGCGGAAGGACCAAGAAGUCGAAUUCCAGACUCAGGAAUUGAAGGAGUUCGGGAACACGGGAAUGGCGGUAGUGCACAUACCGCCACAGUACUACUACACGGAAUACAUUGUUAAAGUGCAAGCUAUUAAUCAGAUAGGUCCUGGGCCGAUCAGUCCAGAACAUGUUAUAUACUCUGCCGAGGACAUGCCGCAAGUUGCGCCACAACUGGUCGUUGCUAGAUCGUUCAACUCGACGGCGCUUAAUGUCAGUUGGGUACCAAUUGACCAGACGAGGGAGAAAGUCAGAGGCAAACUCAUCGGACAUCGUAUCAAGUACUGGAAGAAGGGCACCAAGGAGGAGGAAAGUGUCUAUUAUUUGUCGCGUACGACACGGCCGUGGGCCCUUAUCGUCGGUUUGCAACCCGACACGUACUACUUCGUCAAAGUUAUGGCCUACAACUCGGCCGGUGAAGGCCCCGAGAGUGAACGUUUCAUCGAACGUACGUUCCGAAAGGCGCCACAAAAACCACCGUCGUCGGUUCAUGUCUAUGGCAUCAAUCCAUCGACGGUCAAAGUGGUGUGGCGGUACGUCCAACCAUCGUUGGAGGAAGAGCCGCUCAAAGGCUACAAGAUUCGUGUAUGGGAAUUCGAUCAAGACAUAAGCACCGCGAAUGACACUAUAAAACCAUUCGGUGGCAAAUUAGAAGCCUACGUUAAUAACCUACAGCCUGGCAAAACCUACAGAAUGCGUGUGCUCGCAUACUCGAACGGCGGCGACGGCCGCAUGAGCUCCCCCGAAGUCAAGUUCCGAAUGGGUGGGUUUAGCAAUAGUCCACUUGCAUAUUACCGAAGUGCUUGUGAGGAUUUAAAACCAUUUACAAUAACAAUCGUCAUCGCAUGUCUGCUUCAUUAUCUACUAACAACAUGAGUCCAGUUUUUGUUAUGUUUUAUUUUGUUUACUUCGUCAAAAGGCCAUCAUUUUUAUAUCAUUCCGACGUUUGAGGCUUCUGAACUUGUGCCUUAACAGGAUUGCAUUAUGUAAAACGUACCUGUAUCAAAUGUAAUACUUUAGCAAUAUUUUUUCUAAUGACGUGUUCAAAUUUUCUGUGCUUUUACAUCAUAAAUCAUAAAUCCGUCCAACACAAGGUUGUAGUUUGUUUUUAUCUUUAUUAUAUAAUAGAAAUAUACAGAGUAUCGGUGUAAUUUUUUAAAUAAAUUUUUUGUAAAA